UACAAAUCCCGAGACGCACCGGGCUCGGCUGGCCGGCUGGAAUUCGCUCUGGGGGUUCCGUUGUCUGGGGCAAUCCUUUCCAACGCCUGGCAGCAGUAACCAUUAGUCCUGGGGUGUUCUGCCAUGUUGAAGCAAGCUGUGGUUAAGCUUAUUCAGGGGCCAUUGCACCAAGCCUGCUGGACAAAAUGGGGUUGGAGGGGACUUCGGCUGGAUCAUCUUGUACCUGUCACCCCACUUCACAAGAACAAUGCCCUUUCUGAUAAAAGGAGUGAGCUGAAGAGACAUUUGAAGGAUGAAGAGGAGCUCAGUGAGAAGCAGCUAAGUCAAGCCCCUGCCACCAAUCACUCUGUUGACCAUGGUGUGCCCACUGAUGAAGAGAGCCUGGAUCCACAUCAAUAUCACAAGAUCCGCAGCCAGGCGAUCCAGCAGCUGAAGGUCAAUGGAGACAACCCCUACCCACACAAGUUCCAUGUAGACACCUCACUCACCCACUUUAUCAAGCAGUACAGUUAUUUGCAACCAGAGGACCAUCUGACUGAUGUCACCUUGAGAGUGGCAGGUCGUAUCCAUGCAAAACGGUCUGCAGGGAAAAAGCUCAUCUUUUAUGAUAUUCGAGGAGAGGGAGUCAAGCUGCAGGUCAAGGCGACGUCCAGGAAUUAUAAAUCAGAAGAAGAAUUUUUUCAUGUAAAUAACAAACUUCGACGGGGAGACAUUAUUGGGGUUCAAGGGAAUCCGGGCAAGACCAAAAAGGGAGAGCUGAGCAUUAUUCCCCAUGAGAUUACGCUCCUGUCACCAUGCCUUCAUAUGUUGCCUCAUCUUCAUUAUGGCCUCAAAGACAAGGAAACACGUUAUCGCCAGCGAUACUUAGACUUGAUCCUGAAUGACUUUGUGAGACAGAAGUUCAUCACCCGCUCCAAGAUAAUUACCUACAUAAGGAGCUUCCUAGAUGAGUUGGGCUUCUUGGAGAUUGAAACUCCUAUCAUGAAUGUCAUCCCAGGGGGAGCUGUGGCCAGGCCCUUUGUCACCUACCACAACGAGCUGGACAUGAACUUGUUUAUGAGAAUUGCCCCAGAGCUCUAUCACAAGAUGCUGGUGGUUGGUGGCCUUGAUCGGGUGUAUGAAAUUGGACGUCAGUUUAGGAACGAAGGAAUUGAUUUGACUCACAAUCCUGAAUUCACCACCUGUGAGUUCUACAUGGCAUAUGCAGACUACCAUGAUCUCAUGGAGAUCACUGAGAAGAUGAUUUCAGGGAUGGUGAAGAACAUUACAGGAAGUUACAAGGUCACCUAUCACCCAGAUGGCCCAGAGGGCCAGGCCUACGAUAUUGACUUUACACCACCCUUCCGGAGAAUCAGCAUGGUGGAAGAGCUUGAGAAAGCUCUUGGCAUGAAGCUUCCUGACACCAGUCUUUUUGAAACAGGAGAAACUCGUAAGAUUCUUGAUGACAUCUGUGUGGAGAGAGGUGUAGAGUGUCCCGCUCCCCGAACUACAGCCAGACUUCUUGACAAGCUUGUAGGUGAGUUCCUGGAAAUGACCUGCAUCAACCCCACCUUCAUCUGUGACCACCCACAGAUAAUGAGCCCACUGGCCAAGUGGCAUCGCUCCAAGAGCGGCCUUACCGAGCGCUUUGAGCUCCUUGUGAUGAAGAAGGAAAUCUGCAACGCCUACACAGAGCUGAACGACCCUGUGCGGCAGCGGCAGCUUUUUGAAGAGCAGGCCAAGGCCAAAGCUGCAGGUGAUGACGAGGCCAUGAUUAUGGAUGACAGCUUCUGCACCGCCCUAGAGUAUGGGCUCCCACCAACGGCCGGCUGGGGGAUGGGCGUUGACAGACUCGCUAUGCUUCUUACAGACUCCAAUAACAUUAAGGAGGUUCUUCUCUUUCCUGCCAUGAAACCAGAAAACAAGAAGGAGAAUCCAGCAAACACUGGUUUACCAGAAGGCCCGCCAAUUGUCACCUUUAGCUAGAGGGUAACCCAUGUGACUUGACCAUCUUUUCUGACCUUGGAAAGAAAAUUCAGAGCCAGAGGGGACCACAUGGAGUCCACUCACCAAAUAUAUAUUAAGUACAUAGGAUGGACCAGGCAUUGUGCUGGGUGCUAGGGGCUACAAGGACAAGAAUGAAGCAGACCCUUUCCUCAAGGAAGCUCCAGGGUCCUACCACUCUCUAGUUUGAGAUGUUACUGAAAUGAGGAAGCACCCCCUGAGAAUGGCUUUCUGCAUCUCAUCCCCAAUAAAUCCUGUCAGUCUUUUGCCGCUCACCUUCAUUUCCCACUAACCUUGAAACGCCUCUGUUCCAAGUGCUUUCAUAGGCACAGCUGCUUUCUCAGACUCAUGCAGAACUUGGUGCUGGCAGUGAACAGAAAGUGGUCCUUUUUCUAUAAAGAGCCACAAUUGAGAGUGAAAUGCUUCCUUUUUGAGAUCCAUGAAAGCAGAAAACAUCCAGCAGGCAGUGUGGCAUGGUAGAAGAAUGAUGGUAUUUGGCGGCUGCUCCUUACAAUGGGGCAGCUUCAGCUCUCCAAUUUUCCUGACAUUGAAUGAUGGAAAAAAGACUGAGAGAAGGGUUUAUAAAUUCUCAGUUCUAUCUCAGCCACUCCAGAGGCACCAGCUCUUCCUGUUUGGAAGCCAGUUAGAAGACUGUUCAUCAUCACACAGUAUUGGCCCUUCAGCCCUGACGCUUACCAGCAAUGUAACCCUGGACCAAUCAAUCACAUUUCACCUCCUCUGAACUUCAGUUUCCUCAUCUCUAAAAUGGGGUUAAUCCUUGUGCUUCAUAGAAUAAUUGUGAGGUAAGCACCUAGUAACCUUGAAAACACUUUAUGAAUGGCUUACUUCUCAUUGUUAUGAUAAUGUUUUAUUCAAGAGAAACACUAGUAAACAUUUGUUGAACUGAGCUAUUGCGUCUUAAAAGUGCCCCUGCCCAUCGACUGCUGGUUUCCUGGCUGGUGUUUAUGGAGAAGAUAGCACCACAAUCUUGGUGAAUGGAUAUUGCAACCUUUUGGCUUAUUUUCUGCCUCCAGUCAUCAAAGCCACAGCUAACACGGAGCCUCCACAGCUUUGUCCCAGGAUGCCAGAAUUAGCCGGAGCGCUGACUCUUCUCGCCACCUUCCAGUGGUCCCUCACCAAGCGGAAGGAGACUCCAGGUGCUCUGCAGGUUCUGUUCUAGAACAACAAGGGUCCAGGGGAGAGGUGUGGCACCAAGCAGAAGGGCAGUGCAGAUUCUGGGUAGUUCAGGGAUAAGUGACAGCAGGGGACGUGAUCUGAAUGAUUUCUAAAGUUCUUUCAGCUCAAAGAUUCUGUGGUCUUACGGUUUAAGGUGUGUCAGCCGCAGAAACAAGACUCUCAGCCCCAUGUAUUCUCUUUCUUUACUUCUCCCUCCUCUACCCCGCAAUUCCAGGUAAGAGAACCAUGAAGCAAAGAAGCCUUGAAAGCCUGAGAGGGUCUAAUGUACUCGCUCCGUUUCCCCUGAACAAUUGCAGUUUUCAUGUCAAGUUUCCUGAAUUAGAAAAGAAACUGACCCGUUUUGUUGUGAAAGAAGAGAAAUUCUGCUCUUUCCUUUUUCA